AUGGACAACAAGACUUUCGUGUCGGAUUCCUUGAUCCGCCUCACAGGCGCGUCAGAUCCGAUCGCUGUAGACUUUGUACUCGCCGAGGCUAGCUCAGCAAAGUCUGUCUCCUCCCUUCAAGGCAAAUUGAUUUCAUUCCUUGAUGGCAGCCCCGAUGAAAUUGGCGCAUUUUGCGGACAGCUCUUCUCUCGCGUAGGCAAAGCACCUACCCCCAGCAGCUCAGCGGCCCCCGGCUCCACGAACAAACCAUCUACAAAAAAGAAAUAUAGUAUGGUGGAUAUGGGCGAGGACCUGCAACCGGAACCGACAUUGGGCCCUGUAAAUGUGGAAGCAGAGCGCGACCGACGAAGACGCCGAGACCGAGAAAGAGAUUCAGACCGAGAUAGAGGCCAAAAUAGCAAGGAUUCAGAGGCUCAAAGUCGUUGGGAGAAAGAUGAUACCCGAAAGCGCGACCGCAGCCGUGACGCCGAGAGCCGCGAUCGGCCGCGAUCGAAGAAGUUGCGCAAGAAGGAUGCCGACGAUUUCGAUGACCGGUGGGGCGAUGAGGAUAUCCCAGAAGAUGAGAUCUACUCCGACGCAGGCCAGGACGACUUUGCCGAAUCACCCUCGAAGCGCACGAGACUUGAAGAUGGAUCUGCUUCUCCCCGCUCCGCAUCCCCAGCCGAAGACAUUGAUCCCCAGACUAAAGAAGAACUCGAUCGCCAACGCGACCUACGAGAGAGAGACGAAUUUGCGAAACGAUUGGCCAACAAAGAUGAUAGUCGCUCUAAGAAGAUCGUGGAGGAUCGGACUCGCGACGGUGAAGCUGCACGGCGCCGAGAACUAGCCGACAAUGCCGAUGCCCGGGCGCAAGUAAUGCCUGAUUUGCGACUUCGCUCCCGCCAAGAAUAUUUGAAAAAGCGUGAAACGGAACGAUUGGCAUUAUUGCGGCGCCAAGUUGCGGAAGAAGCUGCUGAAAUACGCGAGAAUCCGAAUCUGACUCGUCGCGAGAAGGAGGAAUUCGCACGCAACAGAGAGGUCCUGCGGAUUGCCGAGGAGCGAUUACGAAUUGACGACCACCGCGAUGGCUAUAUGAUGCCGGAUGAUUAUAUUACGGAGAAAGGAAAGAUCGAUCGCAGAAAGAAAGAGGAUGCUCUAUAUAAGCGCUACGUGGAACGCGACGAGGCCGGACAAGAGAAGUUUGUUACAGAGCACGAAGAGUGGGAGCUGGAACAAUCCGCCAAAGCCAAAGCUCAGAUCAACAAAGCCGAGUUUGUCGAUGAGGGUGAUUAUGAAUAUGUCUUCGACGAUUCCCAGCAGAUUAAUUUUGUCAUGGACGCCAAGCUCGAGGGCACCCAGAAGCCAUUGACCCAGGAGCAACGCCGCUUUCAGGAGCAGGUGAAUGUGGCGGAGAAGAAAGCUGCAACAAUGGAGGAGACUCGAAAAAGUUUGCCUAUUUACCAGUUUCGCGAUCAAAUCAUUCAAGCUGUACACGAUCAUCAAGUUCUCAUCAUUGUUGGUGAGACUGGUUCUGGAAAGACAACACAGAUUCCCCAGUAUCUUCAUGAGGCUGGCUUCACUAAGGGCGGCUUGAAGGUCGGUUGCACGCAGCCACGUCGAGUGGCUGCAAUGAGUGUAGCAGCUCGUGUAGCAGAGGAAAUGGGCACCAAGAUUGGAAACGAGGUUGGCUACGCUAUCCGUUUUGAGGACAACACAAGCGACAAGACCAUCCUCAAAUACAUGACAGAUGGUAUGCUCCUUCGAGAAUUGCUGACUGAGCCUGACCUUGGUCAAUACUCAGCACUGAUGAUCGAUGAAGCCCACGAGCGAACGGUGCCAACUGAUAUUGCAUGUGGUCUUCUUAAAGAUAUCGCUAAAGCCCGACCAGAUCUCAAACUUCUGAUCUCUUCUGCAACAAUGGACGCACAGAAGUUCCAGAAAUAUUUCGAUGAUGCGCCAAUUUUCAAUAUUCCUGGUCGAAGGUAUCCCGUUGAUGUUCACUAUACAUCUCAGCCAGAAGCAAAUUACCUAGCAGCAGCCAUCACUACCGUCUUUCAAAUCCAUGUUACGCAAGGUGCUGGCGAUAUUUUGGUGUUUUUGACUGGACAAGAAGAGAUUGAAGCUGCCGAACAGAGUCUUCAAGAAACAGCUCGAAAAUUGGGGAGUAAAAUACCAGAAAUGAUUAUUUGUCCUAUCUACGCCAAUUUGCCAUCUGACUUGCAGUCUAAGAUUUUCGAGCCUACGCCGCCCAAGGCGCGUAAAGUGGUUCUGGCUACUAAUAUUGCCGAAACAAGUCUGACCAUUGAUGGAAUUGUGUACGUGAUCGACCCCGGCUUUGUCAAAGAAAAUGUGUUCAACCCACGGACGGGCAUGGAGAGUCUAGUAGUCACACCGUGCUCUCGAGCUUCCGCUAAUCAGCGAGCUGGUCGUGCUGGUCGAGUUGGCCCAGGAAAAUGCUUCCGACUUUACACAAAAUGGGCAUACUACAAUGAACUGGAGGAAAACACUACACCCGAGAUUCAGCGCACGAACCUAAAUGGUGUGAUUCUUAUGCUGAAAUCUUUGGGUAUUGAUCAACUCCUGGACUUUGACUUCAUGGACCCCCCGCCAGCAGAGACGAUCAUUCGAGCCCUGGAGCAAUUAUAUGCCCUGGGAGCUCUCAACGAUCGUGGAGAUUUGACCAAGGUCGGUCGACAGAUGGCCGAGUUCCCAACAGACCCGAUGUUGGCGAAGGCGAUCCUGGCGGCAGGUCAAUAUGGCUGCGUGGAGGAGGUCCUUUCAAUUGUGUCAAUGUUGAGCGAGGCCAGCGCACUGUUCUUCCGACCGAAGGACAAGAAGAUUCAUGCAGAUAGUGCGCGCAACCGGUUCACCGUUAAGGACGGUGGCGAUCAUCUCACACUGCUCAAUAUCUGGAAUCAAUGGGUCGACUCCGAUUUUAGUGUCGUUUGGGCCAAGGAGAAUUUCCUGCAGCAACGUAGUCUCACUCGGGCGCGCGAUGUCCGCGACCAGCUUGCCAAGCUAUGCGACCGUGUAGAGGUGUCUGUCAGCACUUGUGGUGCCAGUAACUUCAUGCCGAUCCAAAAGGCCAUUACAUCUGGAUUCUUCCCCAAUGCUGCACGUCUCCAGCGUGGAGGAGAUAGCUACCGCACGAUUAAGAACGGCCAAUCGGUGUAUCUGCAUCCAUCCAGUACACUGUUUGAAGUCAACCCACGUUGGGUCAUCUACUUUGAGCUGGUGCUUACUAGCAAGGAAUACAUGCGCAGUAAUAUGCCUCUGCAGGCUGAAUGGCUGGUGGAAGUUGCGCCACACUAUUAUAAGAAGAAGGACCUUGAGUCACUUGGAUUGGACCGUAAAGUACCCAAGGGCACUGGGGCUACAGGAGAGAAGAGUCGGACAUGA